ACUGCUAGUCCGAACUCAAAACAAAAUGGCAUUGCGACUGCGGUACCCUGCCUACCGUGACCUUUACGCGACACGACUAGGUAUCGUCGGCGGCAGCAAGCCAAAAGAGAAAGGGGCCUUGCCUUGUCACCAUGUGCAUACGCAUAUGGUUCUGUGCCGCAGCUUGCCUCACCGAUAGGGCGGUCAUUCCCGCCUCUCCCGCCUCGGGGUCAUACGAGAGACCAGACAGAACCUCGUCCCGAUGCGACUGUGACGUGUGUUGCAGGCGCCGAUCGGUGCUUGCAGGAGUCCGCCCUCUACACCUACCUGCCUACCUACGGGCCAUGCCCCUUGCUCUCCGGGGAGGACCUGCCUCGACAAAGCGUGCUGUGAUAGACACGUUUAUCACAGCACAGGGUGCUACGCUGUCGGCUUCGGCGAGAACGGCUGCUCCUAGGGAGUUGGGUACUGUGUGCAAGGGUCGAGGAAGAGACCACAAAAGCGAGUCGAUGUGUCGCCGUCAACUCAUGGGACCGAACGUGGACGUACGACACGCUAUCCGAAAGUGUCUUUUCCUAGCCCGCAGCGCGCAUAAUAAGCUCGCGUGCCACAAGGUUUUUGAGCAAAAAAAAACUGUAUUUGGCGGGAUCAGGGGUUGGCAUCGCGACCUGCCCCCCCCCCCCCCCCCUUUCAGGGGCCGCGAGAUAUAAGGUUUCUGCAAAGCGUGAUCCCGAUUGCCUGGAGACGCGGCCCUUU